AAAGGACAAAAAACGGCAAAUGGUUGAUUCAGGCUGGAUAGGAUGGAGAGAAGUUUCUACUGAACUUUUUCUCACAUCUGCUAGAUAACUGUUUUGAGUGGCUCUCUGGUACCUCUUUUUCCAGAAAAUCUCCAGAUUCAGGAAGUACAAGGGAGUUGUCCUGCAAGAAAAAAGAGAGAGCAUGGAAGAGGCGCUGCUGCCAGAAAAUGAUAAGGAGACAGGAUCAACAAGGGUGGCAACUUGGAAGAUUUAUGUGGAAGAGUUGAAAAGGGUAAAUGGCAUAGCACUUCCGAUGAUGGUAGCAGCUGUGGGACAAUAUCUCUUGAGAGUUUCUCCAAUCUUUAUGUUAGGCCACCUUGGCCAACUCCAACUCUCUGGUGCCUCCAUUGCCACAUCUUUUUCCAAUGUUACUGGCUUCAGUGUUCUUUUUGGGAUGUCAAGUGCACUGGAGACCUUGUGUGGUCAGGCUUUUGGAGCAGAACAAUACCAGAGACUUGGAACCUAUACAUAUGGGGCCAUCAUAUGUCUCUUUAUAGUUUGUAUACCAAUAUCCCUUCUGUGGAUCUUCACUGACAAGCUGUUAAUACUCACUGGCCAAGAUCCUGUAAUUGCAACUGAGGCUGGCAAAUACUUGAUCUGGCUCAUACCUACACUAUUCCCUUAUGUCAUUCUCCAGUCACUUGGUUGCUUUCUCCAGACUCAGAGUUUAGUCUUUCCAAUGCUGCUUAGUACAGUUGCAUCGGUAUCCUUACAACUACCUCUUUGUUGGGUUCUUGUAUUCAAGUUGAAGCUUGGGAAUGCUGGAGCAGCUUUGUCAAUUGGUAUAUCAUAUUGGUUAAACGCCAUCUUGCUUGUGCUGUAUGUGAAGUAUUCUUCUUCCUGUAAAAAAACUCGUGUUCCUUUCUCAAUGGAUGCUUUUCAAACAAUGGGGGGAUUCUUCCGUUUUGCUAUCCCUUCCGCUGUAAUGAUUUGUUUGGAGUGGUGGGCAUUUGAGAUAGUUGUGUUGCUGUCUGGCCUGUCACCAAAUCCUAAGCUAGAGACCUCUGUGCUAUCUAUAUGCUUAACCAUUACUUCACUGCACUACCUCAUACCGUACUCUUUUAGUGUUGCUGCAAGUACACGGAUAUCAAAUGAGCUAGGAGCUGGGAAUCCAGUGGCAGCAAGAAUUGCUCUUUGUACGGUACUAUUAGAAUCUGUAUCAGAAUUUUUUCUGGCAAGCAUAACUUUAUAUGUCUGCCGUUCCAUACUUGGAUAUGCCUUCAGCGACGAGAAAGAAGUUAUUGACUAUGUCAAACGCAUGACUUAUCUUCUAUGCAUUUCCAUCAUCAUGGAUGGCACACAAGCAGUAUUAUCAGGGGUAGCAAGAGGAAGUGGAUGGCAGCACUUAGGAGCUUAUGUAAAUCUUGGGGCAUAUUAUCUGGUUGGAAUUCCGGUGGCUUUAAUCCUGGGAUUUGCACUGCAUUUAAGAGGAAUGGGUCUCUGGAAUGGACUGGUCGCUGGAGCCACGGUGCAAAGUCUUCUCUUGUCCAUCAUCACAGGCCUGACAAACUGGGAAAAUCAGGUAAUUGAAGCUAGACGCAGAAUAUAUGAAGGGGAAGAAGAAAAGGCCACUCCAGUGUGAGACCGUGAGUCAAUUGGAUGGAAAAACUAGCAAUUGCAGGGCACAAAUGAGCUUUUUCAUGUGCUUGAACUGCACUAAAGUACAACUCUUCAAAUGAUAACGUAAUGUCGAGAAAGUUUAAUUGCAUAAUUCAAAGAUAUGCUAUAAUUCAU